CCCACAGAUUCGCGCUGACGUGACCUAACCUACGCACACGCCGCGGGGCGUGGUCGGUCCUCAUCUAGGGCCAGCUGGGAAGCUGGAGGAAGGAGCAUGCGCGGAAGCCCUUAAGCGUGCGAGGUGAAGGUGCGGCUCCCGGGCUAUGGCGGACGAGCAGGGCCAAGAUGAGGAUCUGGGUCCUAAACCGUCCGUGCUGUUUCUGCACCCGGACCUGGGUGUGGGCGGGGCCGAGCGGCUAGUUGUGGACGCAGCGCUGGCGCUGCGGGCUCGCAGAUGUAGCGUGAAGAUCUGGACGGCGCACUACGACCCCGGCCACUGCUUCGCGGAGAGCCGCGAGCUGCCAGUGCGUUGCGCCGGGGACUGGCUGCCUCGCAGCCUGGGCUGGGGCGGCCGCGGCGCCGCGAUCUGCGCCUACGUGCGCAUGAUCUUCCUGGCUCUGUACGUGCUGUUCCUUGGCGACGAGGAGUUCGACGUGGUAGUGUGCGACCAGGUGUCUGCCUGUAUCCCAGUGUUCAAGCUGGCCAGACGGCGUAAGAAAAUCCUGUUUUACUGUCACUUCCCAGAUCUGCUUCUCACCAGGAGAGAUUCUUUUAUUAAACGCCUGUACAGGGCCCCAAUUGACUGGGUAGAGGAAUACACCACAGGCAUGGCAGACUGCAUCUUGGUCAACAGCCGGUUCACAGCUGCCAUUUUUAAGGAAACGUUCAAGUCCCUGUCUCACAUAGACCCCGAUGUCCUCUACCCAUCUCUGAAUAUCACCAGCUUCGAUUCAGCUGUUCUUGAAAAGCUUGAUGACAUAGUCCCCAAGGAGAAAAAAUUCAUACUCCUCUCCAUCAACAGAUAUGAAAGGAAGAAAAAUCUGACUUUGGCACUAGAAGCCCUAGUAAAGCUGCGUGGAAGAUUGUCAUCCCAAGAUUGGGACAAAGUUCAUCUGAUCAUUGCAGGUGGUUAUGAUGAGAGAGUCCUGGAGAAUGUACAACACUACCAGGAAUUGAAGAAAAUGGUCCAGCAGUCUGACCUAGGCCAGUAUGUGACUUUCCUUCGGUCUUGCUCGGACAAACAGAAAAUCUCACUCCUCCACGGCUGCACGUGUGUGCUUUACACACCAAGCAAUGAGCACUUUGGCAUCGUUCCCUUGGAGGCCAUGUACAUGCAGUGCCCAGUCAUUGCUGUUAAUUCAGGCGGGCCCUUGGAGUCCAUUGUCCACAGCGUCACAGGGUUUCUGUGUGAGCCUGACCCAGUUGACUUCUCAGAAGCAAUAGAAAGGUUCAUCCAUGAACCUUCCUUAAAGGCCACAAUGGGACUGGCCGGAAGAGCCAGGGUGAAAGAGAAGUUUUCCCCUGAAGCAUUUACAGAACAGCUUUACCAGUAUGUCACCAAACUGCUGGUAUAAUCAGAUUUUUUUCAGGUCUUUAUGCUGUAUUCAUUAACAUCACAUUUGUAGAUUGUUGACCCAGUUUUGAAACCAAAGAAAAAAAGCCUAGUAUCUAGGGCAGAAGAGAUUUUUUUUUUUAACAUACUUGAAUCUUGAAUCUGAAUCACCUUCCUGUACCCCAUAUCUCCCAAUCUGCUUUUUUAGAAAAAAAUAGUAUCUUUUAGACUGUAAUAAUUCUGAGUCGUACCAGUGUUGAUUAAGAUGUAAAUAUGGUACAAUUUCACAUUCAGCAGAAUAUUUUAAUUAUAUGUUCUCUAGAUUGUUGCUCUACGUAUAAAUUUUGAGUUAUAUUGUGCCUUAUUUGGUUUUAACACUUUAAGUGUAUCAUCAUCAAAGUUGAUUAAUUUGGCUUCAUAAUGUAAUGAGAAGACACUUAAUGUAGUUUCCAGAAUCAGUCCACCUCAGUGUUCAGUGACCUCUGUUAGGAAAUUUUUGUUAGUCAUACCUUUGCCUGAAUCCAUAGCAAGAAUGCUUUGUAUUUUUUUUUUAACAAAGAUGAUUUGUUGUGUUUUUGCACACAGACAUGACAAUAAAUGAUGUUUAUCAUAGGAAGUGACAAAAUACUA